UUACCUUCGAGAACACAAAGCCACGCUUCUAUCCGUUUAACAAUGAGCGGACACGACACGGCCGUGAUCGUAGCCAAAGUAUUGACUAUCAUCACUACCAUCAUGUUGCGAAUCUCGCUCAUGCCGGACUUCAACCGAUGGCGCAAGAACCGCAACACAGGCGACAUGUCCGUCAUGCCCUGCGUUCUACUGUACACGAACUGCUAUGCUUUACUAUACUACGCGUACGCUAUCGACGAUAUGCUCCCGUUGUUCGCAACUUCAGUGCUCGGAGUAGUCGUGGGAGGGAUCCUGGCCUACUACUUCUACCAAUGGACAGACUACAAGCGAGCUACCAUGAAGAUCUUCAUCGGGUCUUUCGUCGUCUGUAUCAUAGUGACGAUCUAUGGCUCUCUCGCUCUCGCUGGUAAAACGGGUCAAACUCGAGACGCAGUGGGGACUACUAUGGGUUUUAUUACUGUCACGACGACGAUCGUUAUGUACGCGUCUCCCAUGGCUACAAUCGUGAAUGUUAUCCGGACUAAGACAGCGUCCUCGAUGCCCUUCACCAUGGGAGUCGUCGUAGUGUUCAACAGUUUCUGCUGGGGGUUCUAUGCUGCAUUAGUGGGCAACGCGUUUAUUCUGGCUCCGAAUAUUGCUGGCUUCACGCUCGGUGUUAUCCAAUUGAGUCUCACCUUCAUUUACCCGAGAGCAGCGAAGGAGAUAGCAGUUGAUAGUCAUACGGACGAACCAGCACUAUCGGUCGUUGUACUUUCACCUAUUCAAGACGGCGAUCAUGAGAGGAAGUUGAGCUCGGUCGAUGGACGGAAGAGUCCCAGCUUCAUUGCGAUGCGUUCACCAACAAGAGAGGACACCAGGUCGUGGCGAGAAAUGAGGAGUAGCGGAAGACUGCAGUAAUUUACUGUACAAAAAUUUAUUCAAACGAUAAUACAUUAUUGUGAGGUUACGAUAGUA